AAUAUUUUUCUGUCGUGAAUAAUCAUUUAACCUGUCAAUUUAACCAUUGAAAUUAGUCACUGCUUUUCAUUUUAAUGCUUUUUCUUCCAGGUCAUUUUACAGGAUAAACAUCGUGAUGAUUCAAAAACGUUAAAUGUCGUCACAUGUUCAAUUAAAAAUGGCUUCGUCUUUAGUCUUUCUAAUAAAAAAAAUGUGUGCUAGUUUAACCUCUCUGUAGCUUGGAGUUCAAGUUCAGAGUCAACCAUGCGAGAACACGCGGGGACGUGGUUUCUUCUGUUACUGAAAGGAAAAGUCGUCAGAGUGAGAGGUCUCGGGCCUUUUCUGAUCUCUGUUCUGUAACCGGACCACAGCAGAGCGCGAGGGGGCUGUACAGGAGGUUUUGUUUGCCUCCAAACGAGCCAAUGAGAGCUCCGCAGCUCAGAUUGACACCCGAGUAGACGAGCCCGGAGCCGCCAUUCAGGUUAGACCAGCGUCCACCAGCCAAUAAACGGGCUGGACGGGUAGCAAAGGAGGGAAGAGACAAAAUACGAAUUUCUCCUCCCUGGAGGUGAGAACGUUACCUGUGCUGCUACCGUAAACGGAGGGAAGAAGUCCCAGCCAUGGCUCUGUCGCAGACGUUGGACGACUCCCCGUUGAGGCUGGGUCAAAGACCCUCCGUGGCCGACGCUGUCAACCUGCAGGAAGUCUACAACGAGAGGCACCGGCUAGCUCUGGAGGAGCUGCUCUCCGGCGGGGUCGAGAACUUUUUGGAUUUCCUCAGGAGGGAGAGGAUUCCCAACUUUCUGUCGGACGAUGAGAUCCAGCGGAUCCGGAGCGCCGCCGUGCCUCCGCCGCGGUGCGUCUCGGUUCACGGGGAGGAGCUGGAGCAGUCGCUCGGCAGCUCGUUGGACUGCUCCUCGGUCACUUACUUCCCCGAGGUGUCCGACGUGGAGCCGCCGCUGCUGGAGAUCGGAUGGCCCGCCUUCACCGCGGGCUCCUACCGGGGAGUGACGCGGGCCGUGGCUCACUUCCAGCCCAGCUAUGGGGAGACUAUUUACGCCUGCAAAGAGGCUGCGAGGCGGAUGAUCAAAAGUGCAAAAGAGGUGAUUGCCAUAGUGACGGACUCCCUCACAGACCUGGAUAUCUUUAGGGAUCUUCAGGAGGCGUGCUCCCUCCGCAGGGUGCCCGUCUACAUCCUGCUCGACCAGUCAUGCGCUCCCGCUUUCCUGAGGAUGUGCAGGAACGUCGGCGUUCGCCUGGAUGACCUGCGGCAAAUGAGAGUGCGAACCGUCGCUGGCACGACGUACUACAUGAGGUCUGGAGCCAGGAUCACCGGGAAAGUUCAUGAGCGGUUCAUGCUGAUCGAUGGGAACAGAGUGGCCACAGGUUCAUACAGGUUCAACUGGACUGACGGCAAACUGAACAGCAGCAACCUGAUCGAGCUCUCGGGUCAGAUAACAGAGAAGUUCGACGAGGAGUUCCGCAUCCUCUAUGCCCAGUCCCAGCCCAUCAACGCCCAUGGGCCUCAGAGCGUCCGAGGCAGCGGCCUCCUUGAGCACCUCAGCAUCAAACACUCGACUGCCUGCUCGCCUCGCAUGAGCAGAGAGAAGCCCACUGAGCCGGUUCACCUGACCAGCACCCCCAGCCGUAAGCCCCAAACGUUACGUGAGCCUUCCUCUCCGAGUCCCGGUCAAACCAGCCCGGUGUCUGACUCCUCCACCAUAGACGGGGGCACGACGGAGCAGAAGCUCAUUCAGCAGGAGGUCCUAUCUGCCAGCAUAAAUUAUCGUCCUCCCGCAGAGCGGCAUGCGGAGAAAGACGCAGCGAGCCCCACUGCCGCCUCCCGCCACGUCUCAACCCAGACCAGCCGUUCGGUGACGGACGGCGACACACAGACCGACGCUCAGCACCUCGGCCCGACUACGUUAGCUAAAACACCGCGACAGGACAGAUCCCCCAGGCAGAUCCCAGCACCCCAUGCAGAUCCGGACACUUCUCUAAAGGACGCCUUUCACGAGCUGUCCAAAGAGCGGCAGAGCCACUACUCGACCAUCCGAUCCAAACUGGAACACAUGGUGACCUCCCUGACCGAGAGGCGAGAGCUGGCGGACGUCACCAACGUGACUCAGGGCGUCGGAGCCGCUCGCAGCAGCAGGCAGAGGAUCCACAAAGACACAAAUCCAGGACCGCCUGCCGAAAGUGGGGGCAUGGGCACGUGGCCAAGAGCCAGAUGUGUGCAGGGAUUUUAAGGCUGUAAGGGAGCGGGGAACGAGGUGUUGAGAUACUUCCUUUGUUCUAAAUGAACACUUUUGGUUUCUACUGAAAAUUUUAUUAUAGAUAUUUUCUUUGUUUUAAUUCUUAGCUGACAUUUUGUCUUUUUUUUUUCUGAAGAUUUGUCUAUCAUUUUUAGGUGCUGGGUUGUAAAUUACCAUAAAAUUAUGCCAGAAAUUUUCAACCAAAAGAACAGUCUCUAAGACGUGAGUCAAUCCUGCUGUAGUACGAGCAAAAAACAGACGCAAUCGCUGUUUUAUCUAUUCAAAUGUGCCUUGUGCUGCUGUAACUACUUCCAAAGAUUGUUCUGGAGAGCAGCUGGCUCUCACCGUGCCUCGAAAAAUAAAAAGCGGCAAUUUUCCACGUAA